AUGGGUCCCCGGGAACCCGGACCUCUGCCCGGCGGACACGCGCCCGGCCCGGCUCAGCGCCGCGCGCCCCGGGGAAAUGUCAUUGAGGGGCGUCAGCGUCGACUCAACACAACUAAGAUCCCUCCUUUUCGGGGUGUGGGGUGGCGGCCCGGCUUGCCCGGGGGGUCAGAGCCGCUCUCGGGGUUCCCACCUACAGCCCCUCCCGCGCCGGGCACCGGCCGGGUCGGUGGAGAGGAGGGGACCCCCGAGAGUGCGGGGUGGGGGGGCCUGCAGGAUGUGGGGGCGCAGGAGGGGGCGCUUCCCGCGAGAGCGGCCGCCGCUGGGGGGCGCCAGGGGCGCGCGCUGUCGCCCUGCGGUCCCUUCCCGAGUCGCCACGGCGAGUCCUGCCGUGCCCGGACCGGGUGCCAGGACUUUGCCGGAGAGUUUCCGUCCCCCGCCCGCUUCUCCCCCGGGACCCUCGGGCGGGGCUGCCGGGCGCGGGAGGGGCCGGAGCGGGGGAGUGCUGCCCGCCGGGACGCUCUUCCUCCGGCUCCCGCUCCUCCUCUUCCUCCUCCUCCGCCGCCUCCUUCUCCAAAAACCUCAGGGGGCCCCCAGAUGUCUGUUCCCCAGUUCUCUCCUGGACCAGAGCCAGCUGCUGUCCCAGCCACACAGGCGCCAACGCGUGGCUCUGCCAGCCGCCUGCUGUGGCAGCGCCCGGUUCUCCAGAGCACCUCGGGGAACACUGCCCCACGCUCCGCCGCAGCCGAGCCGGGCUUGGGCCCAGCCCCCACUGCGAGGACCAAGGACACACUCACCUGGUGGCAAGGUCGGUGCCGGCACCUGCCGGUGCGCUGUGGUCAUGUGGUCGCCACGUCAGAGCGGCGCUAUCCUGGGCUGAGCUGCGUCCUCCACGACAGCGAAGCCCCCUCCUCCGGCACCUCGCCGACUUGGACACGGGUCCUUCCCCUGUGACUGGGUGAGACGGGGUCGCCAUGGGGCCCAGUGGUGGCAGCUGGCCCACGAGGAGACACAUGUCAGGAGGGUCAUGUGACAUUGCUGGCGCGGCCGGGUGAAGCCCAGGAGCACUGGGGCCCCCAGCAGCCAGGGGUGGGAGAGGCGGGAAGGAGCCCCUUCCAGGUUUGGACGGGCGCGGCCCCGCCCCUGGGUCUGUCUGAGCUGCCAGCGUGUGCUCCCUGCGGUGGCAGCCCUGGGGACCGGCGCGGUGGCCACGGCCCCCACGGCCCCCCGGUGCCACCACACACCACACAUCCUCCUCGGGGGCCUGGAAGCGCCAGGCCGUGCCCUGCCAGCGCACCUGCUGUGGGACUGUGGCCCUGGCGGGCACCACGUGGGGGUGGCCCCCACGCCCCCUGGGUGCAGACCCCGCCAGAGCCCAGAGCCCAGGCCUGAGUUCUCUUACUCCUGGCGAAGCUCCGGGUCCCGGGGCCGUCGCGGCGGGAACUGAGGCCCGAAUCCCGGUCUGGAGCCGCCUCUGAGGGCCCCUCCGUGCCGACGGCCCAGCUUCCUGCUCCGCUGGGCCGCUUUGAUUUGGGAUUCUGUGUGCGAGGCCAGGAGGCCUGGUUCACGGAGAACGUGCCAGGAGCCCGGCCGCAGCCAACCUGCCGCAGGGCUGCUUCCUGCGCGUGGCGGGCAGGGCUGGCUUGGAGGCGAAGGAGAGUAAACAGCUUCCAAGCAGGAAGGAAGGCGAGCCUGUGGACACCGGGCAAACCCCGCUAGGCCUGCGGCUCCAACUGGGCCUCGCGCGACACGCUGAGCAAGGAGAAUGCCCUUUCUGCCUCGAUUUCUCUUGGAAAACUCAAGCGGGCUGCGCCAACGUUCCUGUAGAAUGUGCGGGUUUGGCCGUGCAGGUGAGAAAACUGGUUGAGCCUUGUGCGAGGCAGGAGACGUGCCCCUUCCUGGCCUGGGUCCCGAGGCCGACGGCAGGUUCCUGGAGUC